AGUAUACCGGUAUGGUAUGCUCGCCGAAUGGCUUUGAUCCACGCCCAAGCAAGUCGGGAAUAUCUACGGUAUAUGACAGGUUUGCAAAAAGAGGCCGGUUUUAAAUCAUUGCAUCUUCGUAUUUUUACUGAAUCCUCGGGGGGAGAAAGUAUAUCUGCUUGAUACUGACCAUACGGUCAAUUAGUCUGGACCAUCAAGUUGACAAUGGCUUGACUUGAACAUCGUACGAGCAGCCCAGGUGGCCGGUAUCGCUUACAAGUCACGGCUGAAAAGCAAUAUCAUUCCAGUCUGUGGAAGGGAAUUUUUUUGAUUGCCACCAUAUGCGCCGCCGGUAGCCCGGCAGACUCCCGGAAUGCGCUUGUGUUGUCAGACACGAGGGAGCGCGUUGAAAAUCCGGUUCGCUGGCAUUUGGGCUUGGGGGUGGCCACAAGCUAUGAAGAUCUCUUUUUUUUAUUUUUGCUUUGCUUUCUCUCGAGAUGGGGAGGCCAGCCUUCCUCUUUUUUAUUUUCUCCUGGCUAAAUGGGAUAGAUAUUUCCCCGAUAACUUUGACCCAAUUUUCCCGUCGACCUUUUCUUCCUCUCCUUCUUUCAUCAUCCACGCUCUUUUAUUUUGCUUUUUUAUUUACUUCCCUCUUUUGGUUGUCUUUCAACGGAUCAUCCCCUGUCCCCUCACGGCGUGAUCAUUACACACUCGUUUUUACUACUUUUUGAACGCAGCGUUGUUUUGCGUGGUGGUGGAGAUAGCUGCAGUGACUAAUAGGUCAGACGCUCCGGGAACUCGAGAUCAGUCGGAUUACAUACAGGAAGCCAGAUCCUGAUCUCGACUACCACAUCGCACGACGACCGUUUGUUUUACUAUUAAAGUCUUUCAAGACCAGUCAGAAUGUCAGCCCUCACCCAGACAUAUACGCUGCAGAAGCCGCCAGGAGCCAUGUCGCGGUAUCGCAGCUUGAGGGGCAAGAGCGUGUCGGAAACACGCAACAUGGUGGAAUCCAUACUUGGCGGAGACACCGGCUCAGACAAAGGCAAUGGUAGUCCGAUCAAGUCAGCCUUUGGGUCUAGGUAUCGAAAGAGGGCCAAAACCAUCAACGCCAGUGACGUGCCCGAAGUCCCCCCGCCACUGCCGUCUGCCACCGAAAUGAACAUCAGCUUGAGAAAUUCGGCCGCUUCGGUGCAGCCGCUGGGUAACAAAGAGCCCAACACCCCUACAAAGAAAUCCAAGUCUCCGCCGAAGAAACCCUCAACUCCAGAUCUGGAACCCGCCAGCAGGCCGUCCGAGUCGGAUACGCUGGGCGACAUCCGAGAUCAGUUCCCGGCGGUGCCCACUCCUACUGAAGAAAUGCCAGUUGCGACGGCGCUCACGGCUGAUACUGCAGUCGACACAGCCAGCAUCCAGGGCGACGUCCCGGCCAAGCUGCAGCAGACGCAGGAACAAAAGCUUCUUCGGGAGAUUGAGAGGCGAGGACUGAUGGAAGAGGAAGCGCGGCUCAACGCCGAGACGGAUCGGAUCCUGGCGGAGCAGAAACGCAAGGAUAUGGAACGGCUGCAGUCUCAGCUGAGAGCCGGCUCGUCACAUGGCAGCGAAUCCAGCAGCCUGCAGUCUUCGCCUGUGCAGCCCUCGCCGGUGCAGUCAAAGCCGAGGAGCCCUAUGCUUGCAAAGUUCUUCUUCAGGCGGGGGCGGCGGUCCGACGCUGUCACGCUGUCACCGACCUCGUCCGCUUGUGCAUCUGUUGCGGGCGAUUCCAGCAGGGCUACCAGUCUGGAGCCACAACUGAUGCCGCGGACGUUUAUUGAUCCUGGGGCGACUGCUUUUACGUUUCCUCUCCGGCCGGAUUCGCCAAUCCUGAAUAGACAUGGCGCAGAAAGAUCUGUCCAGGUUCGCUGCCGAGGAGUCCGCCACGAUGUCAACGUCACACUAGAUACCAACGCCGUCGAUAUCCUCUUUGCGUGCGCAGUUGAUGCGCCCCAACCCUUCAACACUUGCACCAGCGUCGUCGUCGAGUCAUAUGCGACCCUGGGCCUAGAGCGGCGGCUUCGUCGCUAUGAGCGCAUCAAGGAUGUUCUCAACUCUUGGGACCGUGACACACAGCACCACCUACUGGUUGAGCCGUCCUCAGAAACCUUUGACAGUCACCAGGACCUGGACAUGUCGUCUGUUCCUGGGGGCGAGGGUUCCAUGCCGCCGCCGGGCUUCGUUCUCCAGAUGCAUCAUUCCCAGCGGCCGGGAAAGUGGAGCAAACGCUUCAUCACCCUGCUCGGAAACGGGCAGCUCUUUUCGUGCAAGAAGGCGGACUCGGUCCUGAUCAGCCAGCAGCAAGUCGGCGGCGGCAGCGCGAGCCCGGCUUUGAUGGCCGCCGCCGCCACGUCCAUGGGCGCCACCAUGCUGUGCCACCUCAUCGGCUACGACAUCUACACGCCGACCGAGACGCAGGCAAAGAAGAACCUCAAGCCCCCCAAGCGCUUCUGCUACGCGGUCAAGUCCCAGCAAAAGACAAUGGAGGCCUCGGUCGACAACUUUGUGCACUUUUUCGCCACCGACGACCCUGACGUGGCACGCAAGUUCCAUGAUGCCGUCCACGGCUGGCGGUCGUGGUAUAUUGUCAACGGACGCGGAAGUAGAGGUGGCAGCAGCGGCGGCAGCGGCGGCAGCAGCAGCAACCACAGGGAGGGAUUCGUCUCGGCGUCGCGCCCCCAGCACCCGGCGCGCGAGGACAGUCUCGCGGUCAACCCCAUCCCGCACCCUUCCCCAGAUCAGGAAAUGCAGCUGCAGCAGCGGCCUACGACGGCGACGGGGGCGCCGCAGAUCACGGCGGUGCGGCACAAGCCCAAGAAGAGCAUCAGCCACGUCAAGGUGGCGGGCGGUCGGCACCGACUGCGGGUCAGCAUCGACGAGGCACCGUACACCAUCGGUGACUUCCAGCCGCUUUUGGACCUGGGACGGUUCGACAAGCCGAUCGACGACUUUGGCAAGGACUGGGUGCUGAGGGCCAGUGUGAUGCCGUCGGGGGCGGGUGGCGUCGCCGGUGCGGUGCAGACGCCCGAGGGACGGCCGGAGGAUGAGUUUGCGAGCGGCCAUAAGAAGGUCGCCAAGGGGUGUGUUUCGUCAGAUGUCAAGGCCGCGGUGGAAAAGGCCGAGCCUGUUCAACAGCCAGCUCAGCCUCAGUCGCCCGAUAUGGCUGUCGCACAGGCAGCUCCGCCUCGAACACCUGAAAUCCCAGCAGAGACACCCUCAUCCCCAGAUACGGACGACUCGCACAACCAUGAAGACGUCUACCAGACCGAGCAGAGCCCUCCUUCUACACCCCCCGUGCCAUCUCUGCCCAAGUCGGAAACCAAGUCCUGGUUCCCAUCCGCAUCGGCGCACACAGCCGGCCAGAAAGCCAAGGUUGAAGUACACGUGCACGGCCGCGCCGCAGCGUUGCGGCCGUCGACCUCUGCCGGCGAAAAGAGGACAUCUACAUAUUUAUCUCCGAAUGAAGGUCAGGUUUUCAAAUCCUACUGGGGACUUGGAAACGGCCUCUCGGAUCGUCUCAGAAGACCCAACAUGCCAUCUUCGGCAUCGUCCUCGACGUCAGGCAACCGCCAGCGCCGCCCGCCGAUGCCACACGCACCCCACUCGGGUCUCCAGCCGCAGCAGCGCCUGCCCGACGCGCCGAUGCGGUACGCCCCUGGUGGCGGCAGGCGGCCGGAUCCCAGCGGGGGUGGUGGGGGCGGCCUCGGCGUCAGCAACAGCAGGCCGCCGACGAGCGAUGGGAGCAGCAGCGGCAGGGCGCAGGGGGCGUUUGGCAGCCGCGGACGGUCGAAUACGGUCGGCAACUUGGGUAGGCCGCCCAUGCAGCCGGUGCCGCCGGUGCCACCGAUCAGGGGAAAGAGCGCAGGCAGGCCGCAUGGGCCGCCUGGCGUCGAGCAUUGGUCUAGAGGGGUGGCCGGCGCGGAGCGGGAGAGGGGAGUUCGGCAUGGUGGGAUGGACGGGAGGAAUGGGAUGGUCAGGUGUUAGAGAUUGAACUUUUUUCUUUUUUUCCUGGGCGGUGAAUUGAAGAUUGGAGUUUGGGAAAUGCAUUUCGUAUAGCCGUGGGAGUGAGGACGGGGUGGACUGGGAUGGAGUAUGGGUCAGGUCAGUUGGUAUGGCGGCCUAUGUAGUCUAUUUCUUUUUUUCUUUUUCUCUGUCUCCUUUGUCAUCUCCUAUGUUUUUUUACUCCUUUUUUACGCGGUCAAGACGCUUGACAGGUUAUUUGUUCACGAGUUUUAUAAAAAGUAUCGAGCUGUUUGCACAAUGAUUCUUUCAGGUUGUACCAAGUACAAAU